UCAUAUCUACUAGACUAGUAAGACUACUACUCUACAAAAUAGAGAGGCGACUCCUUGGCUACUCCCUACAAAUCCUGUCCGGAUCCGUUAUCAACAGCUAAUGCCAAGGAUUAGACCAGAGAUGAGAUUGGUGCUAGCCUUCACUUUGAUGUCCCUCCUCUUAGGAGAAGGUGCUUGGGCCUUGACUUGUCAUUGCCACGGUGAGGGGUCUGCUUGUAUUUCAGAGAACAACUGCACAGGAGCCACACUUUGCUAUUUGAGAGUCAUUUAUCAACAAGAUCGUGAUUCAUAUGUGGAUUAUGGGUGCAUUGAUGAUUUUGGCGGACUGAUCAAUCCAUCUUUAAUAUGUAACAGGACCAUGAGUCAUGGCAGAGACGAAACCCAUUUCCUAUGUUGUGGUGAUUACGAUUUCUGUAAUAAAGAUCUCUCAAUUCCUCCAAGAGAAUCAGGUCCCUCAUCUUCCAGUAGUCCAGUCACACCAACACCCACACACUCACCAACACCAGAGAAGCAGGAGAACAAGAUCUCCUUAUGGUUGCUACUAAUAGUAACAAUAAUACCAACUAUCUUCAUCCUUAACCUCAUCCUCUGCAUUCUACUGGGCAUACAUCUGAGGCAAUAUCACAGAAUACGCACACGAGAGCAAAGACAAUCAGAGGUUAGAUCUACAGGAUCAGAUCAAAUCCAAUUUGUAAAUUCUACCACUUGUACAUAACACGCUAAGCAGAAACUUCAAACAUUUCACAAUUCUACAAUUUAUUAUGAUCCAACUCAACUAAACUUGUCAUAUUAUCAGUGUGAUUAUCAUUUAUCAAUUUAUUGAAAUGUAAAAAAAUA